GCCCUGGCAGGGCGGGCAGCAUGGUUCACUCCAGCAUGGGGGCUCCAGAAAUAAGAAUGUCUAAGCCCCUGGAGGCCGAGGAACAAGGUCUGGAUUCCCCAUCAGAUCACACAGACACUGAAAGGAAUGGACCAGACACUAACCAUCAGAACCCCCAGAAUAAGACCUCGCCAUUCUCCGUGUCCCCAACCGGCCCCAGCACCAAGAUCAAGGCUGAAGACCCCAGUGGCGACUCAGCCUCAGCAGCACCCCCGCCCCCCCAGCCAGCUCAGCCUCAUCUGCCCCAGGCCCAACUCAUGUUGACGGGCAGCCAGCUAGCUGGGGACAUACAGCAGCUCCUCCAGCUCCAGCAGCUGGUGCUUGUGCCCGGACACCACCUCCAGCCGCCGGCUCAGUUCCUGCUGCCACAGGCCCAGCAGAGCCAGCCAGGCCUGCUACCGACGCCAAAUCUAUUCCAGCUACCUCAGCAAACCCAGGGAGCUCUUCUGACCUCCCAGCCCCGGGCCGGGCUUCCCACACAGCAGGCCGUGACCCGCCCCACGCUGCCCGACCCGCACCUCUCGCACCCGCAGCCCCCCAAAUGCUUGGAGCCCCCAUCCCACCCCGAGGAGCCCAGCGACCUGGAGGAGCUGGAGCAGUUCGCCCGCACCUUCAAGCAACGCCGCAUCAAGCUGGGCUUCACGCAGGGCGAUGUGGGCCUGGCCAUGGGCAAGCUCUACGGCAACGACUUCAGCCAGACGACCAUCUCUCGCUUCGAGGCCCUCAACCUGAGCUUCAAGAACAUGUGCAAACUCAAGCCCCUCCUGGAGAAGUGGCUCAAUGAUGCAGAGACGAUGUCUGUGGACUCCAGCCUGCCCAGCCCCAACCAGCUGAGCAGCCCCAGCCUGGGUUUCGACGGGCUCCCCGGCCGGAGACGCAAGAAGAGGACCAGCAUCGAGACAAACGUCCGCUUCGCCUUAGAGAAGAGUUUCCUAGCGAACCAGAAGCCUACCUCAGAGGAGAUCCUGCUGAUCGCCGAGCAGCUGCACAUGGAGAAGGAGGUGAUCCGCGUCUGGUUCUGCAACCGGCGCCAGAAGGAGAAACGCAUCAACCCCUGCAGUGCGGCCCCCAUGCUGCCCAGCCCGGGGAAGCCGGCCAGCUACAGCCCCCACCUGGUCACGCCCCAAGGGGCCGCGGGGACCUUGCCAUUGUCCCAAGCUUCCAGCAGUCUGAGCACAACAGUUACUACCUUAUCCUCAGCUGUGGGGACGCUGCACCCCAGCCGGACAGCUGGAGGGGGUGGGGGUGGAGGCGGGGCUGCGCCCCCCCUCAAUUCCAUCCCUUCUAUCACUCCCCCACCCCCGGCCACCACCAACAGCACAAACCCCAGCCCUCAAGGCAGCCACCCGGCUAUCGGCUUGUCAGGCCUGAACCCCAGCACGGGAAGCACAAUGGUGGGGUUGAGCUCCGGGCUGAGUCCAGCCCUCAUGAGCAACAACCCUUUGGCCACUAUCCAAGCGCUGGCCUCUGGUGGAACCCUGCCCCUUACCAGCCUUGACGGCAGCGGGAACCUGGUGCUGGGGGCGGCCGGCGCGGCCCCGGGGAGCCCCGGCCUGGUGACCUCGCCGCUCUUCCUGAAUCACGCGGGGCUGCCCCUGCUCAGCGCCCCGCCUGGCGUGGGCCUGGUCUCGGCGGCCGCGGCGGCCGUGGCGGCCUCCAUCUCCAGCAAAUCUCCUGGCCUCUCCUCCUCCUCCUCCUCGUCCUCAUCCUCCUCAUCCUCCACGUGCAGCGAGGUGGCCGCACAGACCUCUGGAGGCCCGGGGGGGCCCGAGGCAGGCUCCAAGCCCGAGUGAGGGUCGACCACGCCUCCCCUCUGACCCCUCGACCCCCACCUAGCCCCCCGCCCGGGAAGAGGGUGAGGAGGCCAGCGGUAGGGGCACAGAGGGUCCCAGGAGCAGGAAUGACCAGGGAGGAAAGAACCAAAAAACCAACUAA